GCUGGGGAGCACAUGGGCUUCCUGGUUCUCCAGGAGGCCCUCACCAAACCUUCCAAGGCCUGGGUGGACUGCAAAGCGGUCCUCGAUCAGCACGCUAGGCCACUGCCGACACGUCUCAGCAGUAAGCUUAAGUACUCAGGCCUGCACAAGCUCGCGCUUGCGCGGGACAGCAGACACCACCUCGAGACGGCCUCUAAGGUCAAGAGCCAUCAGGAUGUGAACUCAUUGGCUGGGGAGGCCAGACUCGCUGCAGAGAUCAACACAGCAGCGGACAAGAUGGCGAAGGCGGCAAUGGACUGCCACCCAAGUUUCAACCCGACAGCGCUGCAGGAGCUGCAACGCAAAAUAGAGGCCGCUCGAGCGAUUGGUUUAUAUGCGCCCAGAGUUCUCGCCUUAUGCCAGCGCAACAGGCACAAGUGCGAGAGAGCCGCUCUGCCCUGUAAGGUUCAGGCCACCAUCGUCGUGCACGACUGGGAGGUUCUUCAGGGGCCGAUACCGUACAG